CCACCCUUGACUCUCUCCCUCUCCCCCGCUGCAGUCCCCAGCUCAGCUGUAACUCCUCCAGAGUCACCCCAGUCGGAUUCCCUGGGCUCCACCUACUCCAUCAAUGGGCUCCUGGGCAUCGCUCAGCCUGGCAGUGACAAGAGGAAAAUGGAUGACAGUGAUCAGGAUAGCUGCCGGCUGAGCAUCGACUCACAGAGCAGCAGCAGCGGACCCCGAAAGCACCUUCGCACGGACGCCUUCAGCCAGCACCACCUCGAGCCACUCGAGUGCCCAUUUGAGCGGCAGCACUACCCGGAGGCCUAUGCCUCCCCCAGCCACACCAAAGGCGAGCAGGGCCUCUACCCGCUGCCCUUGCUCAACAGCAGCCUGGACGACGGGAAGGCCACCCUGACCCCUUCCAACACGCCCUUGGGGCGCAACCUGUCGACUCACCAGACCUACCCUGUGGUGGCAGAUCCUCAUUCACCCUUCGCCAUAAAGCAGGAAACCCCCGAGGUGUCCAGUUCUAGCUCCACCCCUUCCUCUUUAUCUAGCUCCGCAUUUUUGGAUCUGCAGCAAGUCGGCUCCGGGGUCCCAGCCGGUGCCUCGGUCCCGCCCUUCAAUGCCUUUCCCCAUGCUGCCUCCGUGUACGGGCAGUUCACGGGCCAGGCCCUCCUCUCAGGGCGAGACAUGGUGGGGCCCACGCUGCCCGGAUACCCACCCCACAUCCCCACCAGCGGACAGGGCAGCUAUGCCUCCUCUGCCAUCGCAGGCAUGGUGGCAGGAAGUGAAUACUCUGGCAAUGCCUAUGGCCACACCCCCUACUCGUCCUACAGCGAGGCCUGGCGCUUCCCCAACUCCAGCUUGCUGAGUUCCCCAUAUUAUUACAGUUCCACAUCAAGGCCGAGCGCACCGCCCACCACUGCCACGGCCUUUGACCAUCUGUAGUUACCAUGGGGACAGUGGGAGCGACUGAGCAACAGGAGGACUCGGCCUGGGACAGGCCCCAGAGAGUCACACAAAGGAUCUUUAUUUAUUACAUGAAAAAUAACCACAAGUCCAGCAUUGCGGCACACUCCCUGUGUGGUUAAUUUAAUGAACCAUGAAAGACAGGAUGACCUUGGAGAAGGCCAAACUGUCCUCCAAGACUCCUUAAUGAGGGGCAGGAGUCCCAGGGAAAGAGAACCAUGCCAUGCUGAAAAAGACAAAAUUGAAGAAGAAACGUAGCCCCCAGCUGGUACUCACCAAAGGAGAGAAGAAGGAAUAGCCAAGGAACUUGGGGGGAUGGCGAAUGGUUCCUGCCUGGGCCCAAGGGGUACACAGGGCACCUCCAUGGCUCCAUUAUUAACACAACUAGCAAUUACGGACCGUAAGCACUUCCCUCCAGCCCACAAGUCACAGCCUGGUGCUGAGGCUCUCCUCACCAGCCACCCAGGGAGUAGUCACCUCCCUCAGCCUCCCGCCUGCCCCACACGGAGGCUCUAACUGUCCUCUUUCUCCACACCAUUUGCUUGGCUCUUUCUACGCCUCCCUUUUGGGCAUGGGCUGGCUGAAGGCUGGGGCGAGUCCCUCAGAAAUUCCACCAGGCUGUCAGCUGACUUCUUUUGCCUGCCGCUGUGAACGUACAGCACCACCCCAGGUCCUCCUGCAGUGGGGCAUCCCCUUUGCAGCUGCCGUCAGCUGGACCAGCCCCAGGCAGCUUAAAACAGACAUUCCACAGGGCCUGGGCGCCUGGGAGGUGAGGCGUGGUGUGCAGCUUCACCCAGGGCAGAGCAAGGCAGAAUUGCAGGAAACCCGCUUCCCCUUCCCGACAGCUCCUGCCAAGCCCAGUGUGCUUCCUGCAGCCCACGCCCACCAGCUACUGAAGAGACCCAAGGCACCCCCUGAAGCCAACAAUACAGGGUCCCUCUCUGCUCCCCAGCAGCUCCUGCCCCCAAGGCCUGACUGUAUAUACUGUAAAUGAAACUUUGUUUGGGUCAAGCUUCCUUCUUUCCACCCCCAGACUUUGGCCUCUGAGUGAAAUGUCUCUCUUUGCCAUGUGGGGCUUCUCUCCUUGAUGCUUCUUUCUUUUUUUUUAAAGACAACCUGCCAUUACCACAUGACUCAAUAAACCAUUGCUCUUCAUCUCAGGCUUUGGGGUUGGCUGGGGAAGGAGGCACCUUGGGGCUGGGCUUUCUCCCAAGAACAUCAGAGCUGAGUAGCCGACAAACUCACUUUGGGGCCAUGGGUUGGAAGGGACCAUCUAGUGCCCCACAGCUCUGGCUUGGCCUUCUCCCUCUGCCUUCAAUUCAUGUUGAAUGCUGGGUACCUCACUCAUCCCAAGUUCUUCGACACUGAGUAAAUGCAAGGAUAGCACAGUGUCAAGCCAGCCAUAGACUCCCCGCAAGGAGUUGCUGUUAUUAUUAACAGGAAGCCAGAGAAUCAGCAGGGUGGAUUAGUGAAGGAUCUGGGAAUAGCUAUGACGACAGCCUGCAUAGACAGCUCUGAAGGAAAAGAGAAGACUGGGCUCUCUUGUGUGCAAGGCACAAUAUGGAGGGCUUCAUAUAAGUUAGGUUGAAAUUAGCCCUGUUUUACACACAGCUUCCUUUUACAUAUGAGGAAACUGAGGCUGUGAAAAAAAUGAAAUGACUUGCCAAAGAUAAGAAGUAGUAGAUUCAACCAAGUCCUCUUACUCUAAGCCCAACACUUGUACCCAAAACCCCAGGGUCCUCAUCAGGGAUGCCAAAGGGUUCUAGACCCAGUGGAGGUUCUGGGGUUGCCACUGGGGAUUUGAUUUCUUUUGAUUUGCUUAAGAUUUGACCUGACUGAAUGGAGAGGUACAGUGUGGUGGGGCCAGGACAAGGUGAGGGAGGCUAUAGAAACUUAGGACUUUAGGCCAACCCCCUCCAGGAAAUUUGGGAAAUGCAGUGUGACAGCUUGGGCUCUGCACUCCAGGGGGCUGUCUGGUAUCCACAUGGACCCUCUGCAUGUAAGACCCAGCUGGAACAAGGGGGCAGGGGCCUGCAGCUGGGAUGCCCAGGUGAAUGUGGACAGCUGGACAGACAACACUGGGAUUGAGUCCGAUGGAAGGGGCCCAGGGAUUCCAGGGCUGGGAGGACAGAGGCUGGGAGGACAGAGGCUGGGAGACAGGGCUCUUACCUCCUUAGGCCUCCCAAAGGGAGGUUAGGGAUGCUGCCAUGGAUGACAUGGCCGGGGGGAGCCGUCCCAGGAAGAAAAUCCAUCUCUUCUGAGGGGAUCUGAGAUGCAGCUGUUUUCUCAAUGGCAGGACUUCCCUCUGCAGCGCGACUCUGAAUCCAUGAUAUCUGAGAGUCUUCCUGACCUCAAACCUCUGGGAUCCCGAGUGCUCCCUACCCAUGAAUCACUUUGAGAUGCACAGCAUCUGAAGGAGCCCCUAGAGCCAUCCCUUGCAUUUACAGCCACAGCCCCUCUGGAGACACUCUGUACACCCGUCAGGCCCUUUCCGACUCACAACCAACAAAGGGGCUUGGGCUGUGCUUUGGCUAAGAUGA